AAAAUAUAUCGUACCGAUACGGCGAUUGAUUUUUCGCAUAUUUUGAUCCACAUAUUCAAAAUAAACCAGCGAUAACUUAAGAUUUAAUUGCAUAGUAGAGCAACUUAUUAUCAUAACUUAUUUCUGAAAUAACGGAGAAGUUUAUUUGUCGUAAUCAUUGAUUGUUUUUCACACUUUUCCCAUUCCCGUUAUUAGUAUUGUGCCACGUUCUUGUGGCAAUUUAAUGAAUAAAUUGGUUUAAAAUGGUGCGCAUUUUCUAAUCUACGAAUAACAAAUAAGAAGCAGCCAUGUCGAGCAUGUCAGACCGCAAGGCGGAGCUGGAGCGCAAGAAAGCAAAGCUCCAAGCAUUGCGAGAAGAGAAGGAUCGUCGGCGACGCGAGAAAGAACAAAAAGAUGCAGAGGAAGCGCUGGCCAGAGCAUCCACAACGUCUAGCCUGGACAGCCGUCGCGACCUGGACGAGAUGUUGUCGUCGCUUGGCGUGGCUCCCGUGAAGGACGUGCUGUCAUCGUUGUCCUCCAUGCAGUCGCUCACACCCCCGCAGACUGCCUCGCCGGAAACCAGCCUGCACACACACAGUCCUCCGCAGGGUGGGCCGAAGAAAGCAGCUCAGCUGCAAAUCAUAUCAGUGCAGUCUACAGACAUUCCACCGAAAGAGAACGUCACCUACGCUAAGCAGACUCAAACCACCACUUCUGGGAUAACGGAGAUUAGAGAUGGCUCUUCCAAUGCGUCACCGCUUGCAGGAUACAUGGAGGACUGGUGGAGGCCCCGCAAAGCACACGCAACCGACUACUACGAUGAGUACAAUCUAAACCCGGGUUUAGAGUGGGAGGACGAGUUUACAGUGCUUACAUUCGACGGCGACGGCGCUCGGCAAGGCGAUGACGACGAUGCGUUCCACGGGAAACUACCUCCUGGAAUCCUGCCGCACGGGCUGCCGACCGUCAAGGAGGUCCAGCCUGCGGUCACUGCUGCGCCACCGGAGAAGAAAGAAGAGGAGAAAGAAAAGAAAGUUCGCGAGCUGAGCGCCGACGAGAAGCACACCAUCAUGCUGUCGGCGGAGUUCCAGCGUUUCAUCACCAAGGCCGGGCGUGUCAUCGAGCGCGCACUCGGCGAGACCGUGGACAUCUACACAGAUUACACCGGUGGCGGCGACGGCGAUACGGCGCAGGACGACAAAUCCGACGCGCGUCUCUCGCUCGUCCGCACGUUCUACGACGAGCGCUGGUCGCGCGGCCGCUGCGUCACCUGCCUCGACUGGUCCGCGGCCCACCCUGAGCUACUCCUGGCUUCGUACCAUAACAGUGAUGACGCGCCACAUGACCCAGACGGCGUGUGUCUGGUGUGGAACACCAAGUUUAAGAAGACAACACCGGAAGAUGUGUUCCAUUGCCAGUCACCAGUUAUGAGCGCAACAUUCGCCAGGUUUCAUCCUAACCUGAUCCUUGGCGGCACGUACUCAGGUCAGAUAGUAUUGUGGGACAACCGCGUGCCAAAACGCACGCCUAUACAACGCACCCCGCUGUCAUCGCUCGCACACACGCAUCCAGUGUACUGCCUAUCAGUAGUAGGCAGCCAGAACGCUCACAACCUGAUCUCCGUCUCCUCGGACGGGCGCAUGUGCUCCUGGUCCCUCGACAUGCUCUCGCAGCCUCAAGAAACCCUGGAACUGCAGCAUCGUCAGAGCAAGGCCGUUGCUGUGACUGCUAUGGCGUUCCCUCACGCCGAUGUCAACAACUUUAUCUUGGGAAGCGAGGAUGGAAACAUCUACACUGGUUGCCGUCACGGCCAACGAGCCGGUGUAACCGAUAUGGUCGAAGGCCACGCGGGCCCCAUCACUGGAGUGGCGGCGCACCAGGCGGGCGGAGCCGUGGACCUGAGCCAUCUGUUCCUCACAUCAUCCAUGGACUGGAGCGUCAAGCUGUGGAGUCUCAAGGAGAACAAGGCCCUGUACUCGUUCGAGAACAGCGGCGACUACGUGGUGGACGUGCGCUGGUCGCCCGCGCACCCCGCGCUGUUCGCGGCGGCCGACGCGCUGCGCCUCGACCUCUGGAACCUGAACCGCGACACCGAGGUGCCGGUGGCCUCGAUCCAGUCGGAGGGCGGCGCCUUCAACCGCGUGUCGUGGACGCCGAGCGGCGCGCACCUCACGGCGGGCGACGACGCCGGCAAGAUCUCCGUCUACGAGCUCGCCGAGAGCGAAUACCAGCCGCGGCACGACGAAUGGACCAAGUUCGUGUACACUCUGCAAGAACUGCGCAACAACCAGGCCGACGAAGAAACCGACCGCCUCAGUCUGGCCAGCGGGCCUCCCAGCCUCACGAGCUUGGCCAGCAAUCCGCUCCGAUAAACACUACUUGUGUACCUUCCUGCUACUGAUGGAUUCUGAACUCCAGAAUAUUACAGGAGACAUUUCCAAAAACGUUUAAUACCUUGUCGCACGCCUAUAUAACGCAGUUAGGCGAUAGAGGAAACAAUACAUUUGUUUUCUUACCAGUCUUAAUCCCAAAUUGUAGCGGCCUUUGGCUAUGUAUACAUAUAGGUAAAGGAGCUAUUCAUUCUCACUUCCCCCAUUAAGUCGAGUAAGCAAAGGGAACUAAAAUUAUUCUAAAUUGAAAACUUCAAGGUCGUUUUUAGAUAGCAAAUAUAAAUUCUUCACAAUAUUCUCUUUUCUUUUUACAUUAAAUAACCAUUCCUUAUGAAGUUUAAAUUACCAAUAAUUACAUCAACUUGCUGUUUUACUGUACGUCAAAGAAAAUUGAUUUACGCCACCCUCUUAAAAUUUAAUAUUAAUUAUUCAACGCGAAAAUCGUGUGGUAAAACUCUUUCAAAGUAUCGGUUUCCCGUGUUUACUAACUAGUAUAUGUUUACGAUGCAUAAUGCAAAUUACUCUAAUGGUAAACCUAGUAUGAAAUGAUUGAAAAGGUCCUGAUGCUUCAUGUGCUUAAGGACCUUUCCACCAGAAAAGGUUCCUUACGCUCCAUGUGCAUGUGGAAAGGUCCUUAGGGCGUUUUGCUUAAUGAGAGAGUUGCACGUUGGAUCAAGAAAUUUGACAAGUUGAAUGCAAGUAUGCAUAUGAAGCAUACUGACCCUUCUCUGAUGGAAGCCACAUAUUUUAAAUAUAAAUUGAAUUACAGGUUAAAUAAGGGUUGCGAGGACUGAUAGUAUAUUUAGAUAUGGAUGAUGACGGAGCUUGUGGCGUUAAGAAGGAAAGUAAAAUAUUAUCCAGUUUCUUGUAGAUUAGGGGCUUUGAAUUCUAAUAUUAUGAAAGCAGCUACACUAUGCUACCUACUGUAGUUAGUUACUAAAUACCUAAAUUUUGAACAUCUAUCGAUAUUACGAUGUGGUAUUAAAUAUCAAAAAUAUACUUAAAUUUGGUGCAAUGUUGUAAAUAACCUGUUUCAAAAUUAAUUUUGCUACUUGGAUAGAAACCAAAGUAAUGUAGCAUUUUUAUAAAUUGAAAGAUGUAAUUAUUUAUUUUUGAAUACAAUCAUAGUUGUUUCGUCAGUAUAUUUAGCAGUAAGCAUAAUAUAACCGAGAUUUAUGUUAUUACAUACUAAAAGACAAGCUUAGAUUUAGUGGAAAUCUUUCCCUUCAAGCAGGUACUUGUAUUACGCUUUAUAACAUUUUAUCGUAUAAAAUAAAUAAUAACAACAAUUACAAAA